UUUUUGUGUCAGUCGGUUUGCGGAUCAGUCUCCGAUCAGUUGCGUUGACCAUCUGAAUCCGGCGAAGAGAUUGGGCGAUCAUGCUGAAUGGAAAAUUCUACACGGGCCUGCCGCCCAAAAUGGUGGAGCGCCAGGCGGUGAAGGUGUGCAAUCGCCAGGAGUCGCACUUCUUCUGGCCAGACGAUUCUCGAGCGGAUUCCGCGGUGGAAACGCGAACCAAGAGGAGAAACAGCCAGCAACUGGAGAGGCCUGCGGACAGGAUUACCUCCAAUCAGAAUGCAGCCGAUGAGGUGGACACACGGCGCAUGUUCCACAAGGAGUUUGCCAGCUCAUCCAUACAGUUCUACGACAAUCUGCAGUCCAAUCCUGGAAGUAAACCUUCUCUGGCCAGGGGCUUACGCAGGGAAAUAACUCCAAAACUCACCGAAGUGAGAGCCCAGGAAACGGAUAGCAAGCCUGAGAACACUGGCAGUCGUCGCCAGCAGGCUUACAGCUCCAAGAUACAAUUCUACGAUUACGUAAACGAGGCGGACAAUGUGACCCAAAAUAAUGCCAGGCGACCGCACAUGGAUUUCAAUGACAAGCGCGAAGUGGAGCUGAACUCCAAGAACAGUCCCAAGCUGCAGGUCAAAAGAAAUGUGCGCAGUUUCAGCGUCGAUCUGGAGCCCAAGGUCACCAAGAAACCAUUGAACGACAGUCCCGAGUGGCGGCGACCACGCCCACGGCCACUGCCACUGCCCAAGAGGAUACUCAAGCAAACGGCACAGGAGCAGGAUCCCUACGACCAGGUGGAAAGUCGCGUGCGCAGAUUGCAGCUAACCAGAAGUCCUGGAUUGCCCAAGAAGCAUGUGACCUACAACGAGGAGGCAGCGGAGUACGCCUACUACGACGAUCGGCAGGAUCGGGAGGAUAGGCAGGAAUGGCAGGAGCCCAGCUACGAAAGUCGCCCCCGUCAGCAGCCAAAUAUGCCGACAGGAAGUCGCCAGCAGCAGCAGCAGCAGCAGCAGCCGCAGCAAUAUCAACAUCAACGCUCUUUUAUGGAAACCAGUCGAAUCAAGCCAUUAAACAAUAACAAUAAUUACGAGGCCCACGGCGUUGGUAGGAAAAUCUUGCCAAAAUCGCCACAAAACCAAUCCGCGGUGGGGGGAAACACGCAGAGUAACGAUGAGGAUCCGCCCGUGCCCUCCGACCCCCGCAAACACCUGCGCAGCAGCCUCUGCUUCAGCGGCGACGCUCUGAUGGUGGGCGGUACGCCGUCGCAGUCGCCGUCAGCUGCGCAGGCGCGGCGCAGCUCAGCGGGGCAGAGGGUGAGCGUGGGUCUGCCGGACUGAGAGCUCCAGUUCGCGUGUUUACGUAGUGCAGCUACACAGGGAGAAAAUCAGUCGAUUUGGACAUCUAAAAGCAGUAACUCAAGCGAUAAAGCAUGCGCAACAAUCUGCAUUGCUAAUUGAAAGCAACAACUGAGAAAUGCGCAGACUGCGACUGCAGCAGCAGCAACAACAUCUGCAGCACAACAGCCACAUCAGCAGCAAGUUGAUGCGACAGCAGCAGCAACUCAACCAUUUUUAGUUUUUACUUUUACGAUCACCCACAAAACUUUGAAUUCACCCACACUCAUGAAUGAAUGAGUCGGCUUUCGUUAUUUCUGAGCGCUUGAAUAUACAUAAACAAACCUUGAUCUUGACUAAUUUGUGAGCGAUGCUGUUGUUGUGCACCACAAACACGUAUUAAUUUAGCUUUUAGAGCCAACGCAGAAUAAUCUAUAAUUAUAAUAGUAGAGAUAUGCUAAUAAACUGAUACAUAUAUAACCAAAUACAUUUCUAAUGGGGAAACGUGCAACUAAGCCUUAAACCUACGAUGGGCAAGGAAAAUUAUACAUGUCAACUUGAUCAUUUCAUUAUGGAUUCAGAUUCAGAUUUGAAACUAAUAAAGAAACUUAUGGCCAAACUAA